CAGCGCUUCACUGCAGUCGCACUCGCUCACCUUCGCGGCGGCCCGAAUUCGCCGCACGCCCAUCUCCCCGCAGAGUCCGGUCCUGCUGGUGGAGCGCAGGAUCCGCCCGGAGCGCUGGCGGUUCUCUGUUCACGUCGCUGCUACCACUAGCUAGACCUUUCCCCACCAAGCCUCCAAGCCUCUCCGCGAUUUCUCAGAACACACACGCCCACCACACUCGUUCAUCCCUCUCUCGGCGCUCCGCCCGCAUCGGCCUUCAGGAUAUGCUGUCGCUCGCGUCCAGCUCCAUCGCCAGCCCCCCUCGCGCUGCCGCUCCAUAGCCCGUUGACUCUGAGACGCCAGCACCGAGACCGCACCUCCGCCGACACGACCCCCCCUUCAAUCCGCGCCCCGCGCCCGCAAUUAUCACCAUGAGCGUCACAUCCUGGAAAUCGCGCUAUAUACAAGCUCCGCUGCGCGCUGGAACUCCUCCGCCGCCCGUGUGGGAGCCCUUCUCCCCCGUCCUCCGCCCAAACGAAGCGCCCGCAGCAACCCCCGCCCGUGCCGGCGACGGCGACCCGAAACCGAGCAGCAAUGGCAUCGGCGGCGCUACACAGCAGACACCAGUUCAGAGCGUGGCCGCUCGCGCGCAGCUUCAGUUGAGCUCGCCGGCAGUGGCGUACGAGCCCUCGCUGCGGUCGGCGCCUCUGCCGCAGCGGAACACGCCAUACUCGCCCGCACUGGGCUCCCCGAUUGAAGCUCUCGCAGACGCAGCAGUAUCUUCUCUGCAUGCCAGCCCAGCGUAUAUGAGCGCAGCGCGUCGCUCAUCGCAAGCUGCCACCUCCCCCACAACCGCCUCCCAUCCCCCGGGCCAACGCGCACCGAAACACGCAUACCCGGUCGAUUCCCUCUACUCCUACGACGAGCGGCCUGCAAAGCGGGCACGCUCCGAGUACGUCUCUUCACCUCAAUAUGGCCAACACUACUCGAGGCCGGCCACGAGCCACAUUCCGGGCUGGUCCUACAACGUGGAGCAGAUGGCCGACAACGGCGCGCGCAUGUAUCAGGACAAUGCAGCGCCGGCCCAGUACCAAGACGAAAGCAGCCUCAAGAGGCUCUCCGACGCUCAAUUGCUGAUGGACUUCGCAGUGAGCGCCUCGCAUUCCACGCCACGCCACGUCUCGUCAUCGAAGAGGUGGAGCAUCUCCCACCCCCAAGUCUCUGACCAGCGCUCCCUGCAGCCUCUGGAUUCGAGUAGCCCAUAUGCGAGAACGUCGCAUGUUCCAUUGCACCAAAUGCACCAGAUGCCGCCUCCACUGGACGACCAGGAUGCUCCAGAACCGACCUCAACUACGUCCGAUAAGACGCCGAGUACGUCCGCCGCGCAGACCCAGACGCCCCCAGAAGAGUCUUCGGCUACAACAUUACCCCAAGUUGUCAACGAAGGCGGCGCCGUCGAAGAGACAAAGCCUAAGAAGCAUCAGGGAUGGCCCAAGGGUAAGCCUCGUGGCCCGCGUAAUGGCGCCUCCAGCAGCAAGAAGAAGAAAUCAACCCCAAAGCCAAAAGGCGUGCCAUCUGUCGCCGUAGCGGAAGCUCCUGAACAGCUACACUCACCGCAGAGCCUCCCAGCGGAGCAACAGGACCUUCGGACCGAAGUUGCGCACACCGUCCCUGCGGCGACACUACCACCUACCGAGCACGCGCCGCAUACUCGCCGCCAUUCUUUCUCGAACAUGGCGCCUGGGACGCAGAAUGAUGGGCCACCCAUCGCAUUCACCCGCGCUCAGUCCGUUCCCCCAGGAACCGCCAUGACAAUCACGCCUCCCGCCGAGGAAGCGCCUCAACCUACCAAACCGAAGCGCAGUGUUGUCGAACCUGACACCAUCUGUGCCGGUUGCAAUUCUUCCGACUCUACUACCAUGAUCGGCGACGGAGAGCAGUGGAUCAGAUGUGAUGGCUGCAAAGAGUGGUACCACUAUGCGUGCGCUGGUUUCAGCAGCGAGAGGGAAGUGCGCGAUGUGGACAAGUUUUACUGUGAGCCGUGCCGACCGAAGUUCGGCGAGACAACCAAGGUGCGAAAGUCUGCCAGGGCGCAUACUGCUGUGGACUAUGCCGGUUUGAAUGAGGGCAUUCUGAAGACUUCCGACGACAAUCCAGAGCACCACUACAUAUCGGCUUUCAAGAACGGCGAUAUCGAGUUUCUGCCGGAGACAUUUGCACGCCUCCCGCCCGAGAUCAUCUCCGCUGACUUCCUCGAAAAGACCAAUGGGUUCAAGGAACCCAUUCUGGUUCCCGCAGCGCUGAACCCUCGACCGCAGUUUCCAGGCAGAGCUUAUCCUGAUGCAGACGAUGCCGAUGGGGCGAAUACGCUACUCGACAAUUCUGCCGAUGAGCGUUAUGGAUACGAGAUGGUCUCUGACGACGGCCAGGAUAAGCUCGACAUGGUCAUACCCGAGGGCCUCACAGUUCGCCGUGUUUCCGAGCUAUACGGGCCGCAGGAGAGAGUACCCGUUAUUGACGUAAAGGCACAGGAGGGAGAGGACAAGCGAUGGACCAUGGCGAAAUGGGCCGACUACUACGAACAACAGGGCGAGAAGCCCGUCCGCAACGUCAUCAGUCUAGAGGUAUCGAAGAGCCGGCUAGGGAAGUUAAUUCGUCGGCCCAAGGCAGUGCGAGAGAUGGACCUACAGGACUCUGUUUGGCGGGAAGAUGACAAGAGAUCUCCUCCAGCGGUUCAGUUCUACUGCCUCAUGUCAGUCGCCGAUUGUUAUACCGACUUCCACAUCGACUUCGGUGGCUCGUCGGUUUACUACCAUAUUGUCAAGGGCAAGAAGGUCUUCUUCUUCAUCCCACCGACGAAACAGAACCUAAAGAAAUAUGAAGACUGGUGCCUGUCACCCAGACAAGGACAUGAGUUCCUAGGUCUGCAGGUCAAAGAAUGCUACAGAGUCGAUCUGUAUCCGGGAGACACAAUGCUCAUCCCCUCUGGCUGGAUACACGCCGUUUGGACACCCGAGGACAGUCUGGUUAUCGGGGGAAACUUCCUUACCCGAAUCCAUUACGGCAUGCAGAUCAAGGUCCUGGAGAUUGAGAAGAACACCAAAGUAGCGCUCAAGUUCCGAUAUCCCUUCUUCCAGAAGAUUAUGUGGCUCUGUCUGAUCAAAUAUCUCGAAGAAGAUGCUCUCCCGGCAUCGGUCGAACAGCUGCUUCUGGAUGGCUCUCAGUUUAAGCGGGACAUUCCGCUCUACUGCGAGACCGAUAGGUUCGGCCACAAUUCGCACUUGGGUCCACAGAAUUACAAUAGGCGAUAUUACUCGAAGGCCGAGCUUGAGGGGCUGCCAGAGCUCGCAAACUACGUCUGGAGGACCGUACUAAUCUCCCUUGGGAGGAUUGAAGGGAUCACCGAGACGGUGCGCAAAGCAGUCACCUCUUCCAUACCAAAGGGCUACGGUGAGCCGCUGGUCUUGGCCCGGCGGUUUGCAAUAUGGAUUGCGUGGAAGAGGGGAAAUGAGAACAUACCUCAGUGGGCCUAUCCUGACGCCACGCUCCCAGAAGCCGCCGACUCCGGUGGCGAUAAGAAGUUGAGCGCAGCCCAGGUCAAGAGGAUGGGGCGAGAAUCAUGGAGUGAGGCAUUGAGGGCUACCGCCGAGAGGCAUUCAACAAGGAUCAAAACCACCGGACCUUCUUCACCAAACGGCGCAGCACCCCAGGCACCCGCUACUCCUGGCCCGCCUCCGUCUAUGCCUAUGACGGGAUUCUUGCAAAAGACGGACCCCACGAGACCUUUGACCACUCCAAAAACAUCACAGCUUGGCCCCAAGCGCAUUGCUUGUGAUGCUUGCAGGAAGCGAAGAAUACGCUGCAAGCACAAGGACGAGCUUGUCGACCCCAAUAAACCCGGUAGUGGUAUGAUUGGAGGCAUGAUGAAGAUUGAUUUAUCCGGCUCGUUAGGCUUGUCUGUCAAGCGACGUUACAGCGACCUUGAUGACUCCUACAGUCGGCCACCGAACCUAGGCGACAAUUCAGCGGUCGUUAAUGGUGGUCCUCUGCUGGCAGACGUCAACGCCGAUCCUUACGCGCUCAAAUCUGGGCGAGUGAAGGCUUGUGCUGACUGUCGCAAGAGCAAGCGGCGUUGCAUACAUGACGAAUAUGGAAAUGUAGACCCCGUCAAAGCGAACGAAGUACCGAUCCCAAGGGGUGCGGCGUCCAAGAAGCGACGAAUCAGUGAAGAAGAUCCUAACACUGCCGCUCGCAAAAUGAGAAAGGAAUCUGGUGUCGAUGGCGGCAUGACGAACGGCGGAGUUCAUUCGCGGCUUUCUCUGCCGAACAUGAGCAUCGGAGGCACAAGUCUUCAAGAUAUCGCAUACUCCGCCCAGCAAGCAUUGAACGAGGUAUAUCCCGAAGAUACAAUGCCGAUCGACCCCGCUUUACAAUCCUACGAUACAAUCAGGAUCAAUGCGCCUUCUCACUCAUCUCGAGAUGUAGCCAUGUCUUCAAUCGAGCAUGUUCCCGAUAGUCUCAUUAAUGGCGUAGAGGAGCAACCACGGAGCGAGUUAGGGCCGAGCGUGGAACCGCUCACCCCAGGCCCUUUGUCGGUCGAACCGAACGGUAUCAGUCCAUAUCGGUCAUCACCCCAAGAGUACGAUACCAUUGCCGUAGCUCUUCCAGUUACUCCAAGCGCGCGACGCCCGGCGAAGGCGACCUCGGCUCGGAAAGCGAGCCAGACUCCGCGGCCAUCCAACCGAACGAGUACCACGCCAAAGUCUGCGCCAGGAGGUCGGCGCCGUGGUAGCAAAGAGUCGAUCAAGGUGGAACCGAGGUCUGAACCGAAGAUGCGCGCUAUGUCGUCCACCGCGGAGUCUGAAGAGGAUAUGGCGAGCCUCGCGCUUGCGCUGCAGCUGCAGAUGGAAGAGCAUGGUUUGCGGAGGCGGAGCAAGUGAUGUCUCCCUUUCUUCUCUUUUUCGUGUUACCCUUUUCAAAAGGUCUUCUUGGGUUUCAAAGGCAAGUUUGCAAUAGCGGCGUUCAAAGGACCUCCCCAGGCGUCGGCGUCAUCUGGAAGUAGAGCCCUUCUCUUUCACCUUACUCCCUACGCUGCACUUUCAUUGCCACAACGCAAGUUAUGAACGGCGUUCCGGUUGCUCAAGCAAAGGAUGGGACAUUUGCUUUUAUACCCGACCUCAAAAGGUUUCAUCAUACCUUGUAUUUGUGCGACGAACUUUCCCUGGUGUUUUCUUUUACUUUCACGGUGUUUUUCGUAAUUAAGUGACACGGGUGCGACAAAUGAGCCAGUACGAGCUGAGCUAGACUUUGCGAUUGUGUUAUUAGGAGAUGGCUAGGUGUAUGGAGAGAACGUAGUCCGAACAUGACAAUCCAACGCCC